GCGGAGUCUCCGGCGAUCCCGACUACCACGACGCGCUGUCCAAGUCGCUUCUCUUCUUCCAGGGCCAGCGGUCCGGUAAGCUCCCACCGGACCAGUCCUUGACUUGGCGAGCAAACUCCGGCCUCACCGACGGCUACGCAGAAAACGUGGACUUGACAGGGGGCUACUAUGACGCCGGAGACAACGUCAAGUUUGGCCUCCCCAUGGCCUUCACCACCACCAUGCUUGCAUGGAGCGUGCUGGAAUUUGGGAGGUGGAUGCCCAAGGAACUAAAUCAUGCUCGAGAAGCAGUCCGCUGGGGCACCGACUACCUCCUCAAGGCCUCCGCCCCCCUUCCUUCCGCUCUCUACGUUCAAGUCGGUGACCCAAAAGCCGACCAUGACUGCUGGGAGCGGCCGGAGGACAUGAGCACCCCGCGGUCGGUGUUCAAGGUGACUCCUUCCACCCCUGGCUCCGAAGUUGCAGCCGAGACAGCAGCGGCGCUAGCGGCCGCCUCCCUCGUCUUCAAGCACGUCGACGUGGGGUACUCGAAGAAGCUGCUACAGACUGCGAAGAAGGCCUUCGCGUUCGCUGAUCAGUACCGAGGAAACUACAGCGACUCCCUCUCGUCCGUCGUCUGCCCCUUCUACUGCUCCUACUCUGGGUUUCAAGAUGAGCUUCUCUGGGGAGCUGCAUGGCUGUACAAGGCCACCCGCAACUCUUCCUACCUGAGAUUCGCUCAGUCUCUCGGCAUCAACUACAAUUCAGAGACGUUCAGCUGGGACAGCAAGAUUCCUGGUGCAGCAGUGCUUCUUGCUCGAGAAUCCGUGGUGGACGAGAACGAAGCAGCGUCGGGGUUCCGCGAGCAAGCAGAGAGGCUCGUGUGCAAUGUGCUACCGAAAUCCCCAUCGGUGAUUGUCAACUACACACCGGGCGGGCUUCUGUACAUGUUGAACGGAAGCAACAUGCAGUACGUGACAUCCACCACCUUCCUGCUUUCCACCUACGCCAAGUACCUCAAGACCUCCAGCCAAACCAUGAAGUGUGGGGAUGCGGUCGUCACCUCUUUGAGACUAAGGAAACUGGUGAAGAGACAGGUGGAUUACAUCUUGGGAGAUAACCCGAGCAGGAUGUCGUACAUGGUCGGGUACGGCGACGAGUUCCCGCAGCGCAUCCACCACCGCGGCUCAUCGAUCCCCAGUUUCCGGUUGAACGCAGAAGCCAUCGGCUGCGACGAGGGCUUCCAGUUCUACUACGAUGAUAAACCUAACCCUAACGAACUGACGGGCGCCGUGGUCGGAGGGCCAGACGAGAACGACAAGUUCGCCGACAACCGGGAAGACUAUUCGCAGUCGGAGCCGACGACCUACAUCAAUGCUCCGCUGGUGGGAACCUUGUCCUACUUGGCUGCGAGGUUUCGACCCUGAGAGGGGUGCUUACCUUUGGUCCAUCACGUAGGAGACAAAUCACAUCACAUAUAAAACUUGUUGAGCAAGGAAGCGAUAGA